AUGGCCGCAGCGUUUGGGGAGACGUCCAUGGGCGCCCUCGUGUGGGUGCCGCAUGCCGUCGAGGUAUGGAAGAAAGCACAGAUCAUUCAGAAGUUGUCCGAGACACAAGUGGAAGUGCGCUUUGUGUCUGACGGCGUCGAGUACGACCCUGAGGACGGCAAGAUCAAGACGUACGACUUGCGGUGCGCCGGCGUCAUCGCCGCCAUCCGCAUCAGUCGCGCGGCGUUCCCGAACCGGCUCUCCCUCGUCGAGUUUGCCAAACGGUUUGACGUGAUCUGUCCGUCCAAGUUGAGGCAUGCCGCCCCGGCCGUGAUGGUCAUGGGGUUGCUGGAAAAGUUGCUAGGGAAAACCACUGACUCGACUCAAAACGCCAAGUUUGCCAUCGGCAAGUCCAAAGUGUACUUUAGCUCGGGGCUGUUGCAGCAUUUGGAAGACCAACGGGCCGUCGUAUUGCGCACCCAAGCCACCAUCAUCCAAGCGCACAUGCGCGGAUAUGCCAAGCGAAAGCAGUUCCUAGCACACAAGGCCGCCGCCGUCUUGGUCCAGUCGGUGGUCCGCAUGCACACGUCCCAUCGGCAAUUCCGCGUUAUGAAGGCGGGCACGGUGCUGCUGCAGACGCGGGUUCGCGGCUGGGUCGCUCGGCGCAAGUUCCGCGUGGCACUGGCCAAAGACCGGCAACGAAAGGCCGAGUUGAAGCGGGCCGCCGAAGCGAAAGCUCGUGCUGAAGCUAAAGCUCGCGCCGACGCCGAGGCGGCCGCUGCUGCAGCCGCGCGGGCGCAAGAGGACAAAGAAAAGGCCCGGGCACUGCAUCAUCAGACUGAAACAUCGUCGCAUUAUGACCACUCAAACCAAGCCGACGACGACGAACCCGUGGACACGAGCUCCGAAGGUAGCGACGGAGAUCGCCUGUCGGCUGGAUCCCAGAGCAUCUUGGCGUCGGCAGCGGCUCGCGUGGCCGAGGCAGAAGCAGCGGCAGUGGAAGCGCAAAAGGCCGCGAUGGCGGCGCUGACCCAUAACCGCGUGAUCCAGGCAGAAAACGAAGCGCUUCGAGCCAAGAUGGCGGCGUACGUAGCGGAACACGCGGACGCCGAGUUGCUCCGGGAGAAUGAACGGCUCAAGCACCAGGUGCUAACGUUGCAGAGCAAGUUGGUGCGAGCGCAGGAAGUGUCUUUGAUUUCCGCCAAGGUCGUGGACAGCCGACUGACGUUCCGCGAGGGCCGCCAGUUUGUCGAGUACAAGCUCCAGAUUGAAACCAACAACCGCGGCACGUUGUUUGUGUGGCACCGGUACAGUACGUUCCGAAACCUGGCCACGACACUGCAGACCAAGAACGGAUACCGCCGCAAAGACAUUCCGGACCUGCCCAACAAGCAACUGUUUGGGUCGCUUUUGUCGGAUAGAUCGAUCCAAGAACGAAUGGACAAGCUCAACCAGUUCCUUGAAGCCGCCACCAUGACAGACUACCUCCAGUGGGGUAUCCGCGUCGACCAAGACACGUGCGUGUACAAGCGGCGCACGCGGAGCUCGUCCGGCGCCGAUGGCCGCGACUCCAUGUCCCUCCGCGCCACUGACAUCCGGGAGAGCAUGGUCGUGUCAGCGUCGGACGUGCCGUCGCCGCGGGAUUCGUCGCGGCAGUCCAUGUCGUUGCGGGAAUCCCUCUUUGGCCGUCGCAAGUCGUAAACGUUUCUGCCGUUGUUGCCGCUUAACCUACUACUAUAUAAACAACCACACCAUACAUACUAGUGACGAAGCAAGCAGCAUGGACACAAGAAGCGGGAACGUUGACUUCCAAGGGGGUAAUAUUAGUAAUACACUUUACAGUUAGUAUGCAAACAUGAAUUCGAGCAACGUUAAUACACUUUGC